AUGGUCAACCGCCUGGGUAGAUUUCACUUGCACCAGGCUAAGAGUCUGUCCAUCUGGGUGCUGGUACAGCACCGUGUGGGUGAUGCCAUCACCUUCUUCAUCCCUCCCGACCUGGGGAAGAUGCAACACCUGGUUCAAAGCCUGAACCAUGAGCACCUCAACAACAUCCAGAGACUCAUUGAUCUGAGGACAAUGCCACCCUCUUUCUCCUGUGGCUUCUUCUUGCUGAUAGGUUCUUGUUGCCUGCUCCCCAGCACCCAGACUAAAGAUCCCCAGGAUACUGACCAUGAUGACCUGGGCAUAGAUACUUACCAAUGCCGGAAAGUAGCCUUCACCAUCAGCAAUGCCUCUAGCUCUUUGUUCAAAGAGCUAGCCCAGAGAUCAAAAUACAAAAAUAUCCUAUUCUCUCCCUUGAGAAUCGCUGCGGCUUUCACCAUGCUUUCCCUGGGAGCCAAGGGUAACACGAGUCAGCAGAUCCUAGAGGGCCUGAGGCUCAACUUCACAGGCCUCACUGAGGCUGAGAUCCACAAGUGCUUCCAGUACCUGUUCACUGCCCCCUACGAAUCCAAAAAUAAGUCUCCAUUGUUCGGUGGCAGCAGCCUGUUCAUCAGCAAGGACCUGAAUGUGACAGACAAGUUUGUGAAGAAUGUCAAGCAGCUUUACCAAUGUGAAACCAUCCCCACUGACUUCACAAACAGCCAGAGGGCCAAGGAACAGAUCAACAAUCACAUGAAUCAGAAAACCCAGAGGGAAUUACAAGAGAUGAUUGUGGAUCUGGAGAAAAACAUAUCCCUUGCUGUAAUGGACUACAUCAUCUUUCAUGGCAAAUGGUAUAACCGCCUCCGUUGUCAGCAUGUUGUGAUGGAGGACUUCCUCUUAGACGAAAGGGUGACCAUCAAGGUGCCUACAAUCAAUCACCUGGAUAUAGUUGAUCUGUUGUGGGUGGAGGAUAUGUCCAGCAAGGUGCUGCAGUAUGGCAGUAUGGGCAGUGCCAUGGCCUUUUUCAUCCUGCCCGAUGAAGGGAAGAUGCAGCAGGUGGAACAGACUCUGACCUACCCACAGCUCCGCUGGAUCAGAGCAAAGAUGAAAAGCGUAAGGUUGGUCAAGAUACACAUGCCUGAACUGUCAGUUACUGAGACUUAUGACCUCGAGCCCCUGAUGAGCAUACAGGGCAUCACCCAGGUUUUCAGCGACAGUGCUGACCUCUCAGGGAUCACAGGGGGUGCUGCUCCCUUGAAACUCUCCAAGACCAUCCAUAAGGCUUUUCUGACCCUGGAUACCGAAGGGACUGGACCCCCUGAUACCAACUACUGUACAGGCAGGCCAUGGAACGCCAGUGAAAUUAUAGAGUUCAAAAGGCCCUUCAUAAUUUUCAUCAUGGAUCAAGAACAUCUUGCCCCCCUUUUCAUCGGCAGAAUAGUGAAUCCCAGACAGUAA